AUGAACUCGACACUCCUUCGUACCUCUGCCCUGCGCUCGGCCACAAGAGCCGCCGCGCCCAAAGCUUCCCGCGCUGGACUCGCUGGAGCCACAUUUGUUCGUGGAAAGGCCACACUACCUGAUCUUUCGUAUGACUAUGGCGCCCUCGAGCCCUCCAUCUCCGGCAAGAUCAUGGAACUCCACCACAAGAACCACCACAACACCUACGUGACGUCCUUCAACAACUUCAGCGAGCAAAUCGCCGAGGCUGCAGCAAAGGAAGACAUCCAGAAGCAAAUCGCCCUGCAGCCGCUCAUCAACUUCCACGGCGGUGGCCACAUCAACCACACCCUGUUCUGGGAGAACCUGGCACCUACCAACGAGGGUGGCGGUGAGCCCCCGACAGGUGCCCUUUCAAAGGCCAUCAACGACAGCUACGGAAGCCUGGACGCCUUCACAGAGAAGUUCAAUACGGCGUUGGCAGGCAUCCAGGGCAGCGGAUGGGCAUGGUUGGUGCAAGACACCCAGACCGGUAGCAUCUCCAUCAAGACCUACGCAAACCAGGACCCAGUCGUAGGCCAGUUCCGUCCUAUCCUAGGUGUGGAUGCCUGGGAACACGCUUAUUAUCUCGACUACCAGAACCGCAAGGCCGAGUACUUCAAGGCCAUCUGGAACGUCAUCAACUGGAAGGCCGCGGAGAAGCGCUUCCAAUGA